GAAAUAAAAGAAAAGCCGCGGCACUCCGCCUACGAAUUUCAGGAUUUAGCGCAAGUAAGCGCCACCAACCUCCCAGUUAUUUGGUUCCGAUCGACGUACCGUCCUUCUCUCUCUCCAAGUCUCACUUGUCCUCCAUUGAAAUCUGAUCGGACUCAGCGCGAGAGAGAACAUGUCGAACCGAAACACUCACCCCCGGCCCGCCGGAAGCAAGGGUUUCCCAAAACCCCAAAGGGUCUUCGUCCCCAAGAAUCCAGACCACAACAAUCCAAUCCCUCAAGAACCCAAUCCCAACCCCACGCUCUCCACCUCACUCCGGCAAUCGCUCUCCAAGCAGCAAUCCAAUCCCGAAACUUCCCCCGCUGCUUCGGCACCGCCGUCGGGGAGCAGGCUUCGGAUGGGGGAGAAAGGAGAGUGGGUGCCGAGCAGAGCUCAGGGUGGCAAUUUCGUAAGUUACUUACCUCAGGACGAGGCGGUGGCGGCUGGGCUGGGCGCCAACGAAGGUGGAUUGGACGCCCUGGAGUCACAAAGAGUGGUGGAUCUUCUUAACAGAGAGCUCUCUCGCUUGCUGAAGUUAAACCCAAAGGAGUUUUGGCGACAAGUGGCUAGUGAUGCAUCGUUGCAUGAAUUUCUGGAUAGCUUCCUACAGUUUAGGAGCAGGUGGUAUGAUUUCCCUCAUCGCGGCGCCAAGGAAUUGGUGGCGGGGGUCAUUGUUGGGGAGUUCGAAUUGAGCCGGCGUGUUUUUAUGGUGUUAUAUCGAAUUCAUUGUAAUGCAGAUCUUCUAAUAGGGAUCCUGGCGCUCGUCUUGCUGAUAGUCUCAGUCCAAAAGAUCAUGAAGGAGAAGAAGUUGCUGGACUUGCCUACGUUGUUAGACAUAUGUGCUAUAUAUGGCCAUGAAAAUGAAGAUUUGACCAGAGUGCUGGUUGGCAAUGCAGUGAAAGCUCAUACUAGGAUCCAUGACAGUUUGACUGCAGUUGCAUCACAUUUCCUUAGCAUUGUCCAAACAAUGUACCAACGUAGCAGCUCAGCCUUGGAGACCCUUUUUUCCUCUAGAAACUCUGGAGUACAUGGAUCCAGCCGUCUUCUUGCUGAUUUAUUGGAGGUUAUGGACUUCAUUAACGAUGCAAUUGUAUCCAUGGAUGCUUUCCUAACUGCAUACGAACCAUCCGCUGUCUUCUUUUUGUGCCCUGUUGAAACCAGUCAUGGGAACGAGGGAUUAUUAAGUACUCUAGCAAGGUUGCAUGAUUCAUUGCUUCCAUCUUUGCAGCGUGGGUUUCGAAUAAUUUCAGAAGAUGGAGAAGAUAAAAUGGUGUCUAAUAUUACUAAUAUUGCUUUCAGUUUGAAGAUGUUAUCAAUGAGAAUUGUCAGAUUUGGUUGGAAACUAUUGGAUUUAUGCUAUCUAAGUGAUGACGCCUUCAAAGAUAACCUCCCCAUUCCGGCUGCUGCAGAGAUGUUUCCAGCCAAAGUGGAGGAUCUUUUCAUUAGAGCAGAUAUACUGGUUCAAACCUUAAGAGAGAUUAAUGGAAAUUCCGUAUGUGCUCAAGAGAACCAGAAUAGGCAAACAUUUCUUCAAAACAUUGAAAAGAACUUCAACAUUAUGAGCAAAAUGGAGAAUUUACAAAAUAUUGGGUGGAUAAUCAUGGAUGAUGAGCAGCUGGGCUAUGUAUAUGUAAUACUUACGUCUACUCAGAAACUCAUAGUUAAGCAGCAGCCCAGUACGAAAGCCGCUUUGACGAACAAAAAGGUGCAGAUAGAUGAAGAUGUUGCAGUUGUGGAGUCGCGAAUCAGUCAAAUAAAGGACCUCUUCCCUGAUUAUGGAAAAGGUUUUUUAGCUGCUUGUCUUGAAGCCUAUAACCAAAAUCCUGAGGAGGUUAUUCAGAGGAUUCUUGAAGGAACUCUUCAUGAAGAUCUGCUGUCCUUGGAUACGUCAUUAGAAACAAUGCCAACACCCAAGACUGUUACUGUUAGUAAGAACGAUAAAGGGAAAGGAAAGCUAGUUGAGUUUACAGCACCACACGCUGGUGUGAGGGAUAAACAAAAUGGUGGCCCUUUGGUUUCAUCAUCCUCAUCACAAGGAAGGUUUGUUAGGAAGUCUAAAGCAGACGUGCCUGAUACUGAUACACUGGAUGACAGAAAUGAGAAAUACAUUGCAAAAACUGCUGCUCUUAUUUCACAGUUUGAGUAUGACGAUGAGUAUGAUGACUCUUUCGAUGAUCUGGGUCUGAGUGUUGCAGAUUCAGGAGUGGGGGAAAGUGAGAUAUUUAGUGAAAAAAGGAGCUCAAUUACAGGUAGGCCGUGGGAAACACAAACUGGAAGUUCAUCUCAGGAUGCAGCUAAUUCCAAAUGGGGCUCCAGAAAGAAGCCCCAAUAUUAUGUCAAGGAUGGUAAGAAUUACAGUUACAAAGUUGCAGGUUCGGUUGCAGUUGCAAAUGCUGGUGAAGCAUCAUUAAUUACUGACGCACAACAAGAAAUGAUUCACGGCCUUGGUCGUGGCGGCAAUCUUCCUCUUGGCGCGGUUAAGAAGCUGACAGAAUACUCGGAGGAGCAAGACAAACAAUUUGACCAUUCUCAGGCCGAAGAGAGGGGUCGGAUGGAUGGGAGAGGGUUUAGUGGGAAUGCUAGGGGCAGAGGAAGGAGAGGAGGAAGGCAAAGGGAGUCCAAUGAGGAGCAAGAUAAUAGACAAAACGAUAACGGUGACGGUGAAGACCGAGAGAAUGCCGGAAAUCAAAGGGGGAGGGGGGGAAGGAGAGGAGGCAGAGGGGGAGGGGGAAGAAAUCAUUUCAGGAAGGACCGGGCCAUGAAUAAGCACUUUUCUGGUAUAGGUGGCUUUUAGGUAAAUAGAGAGAGUAACACCGACGUCUCCCCUGUUUUUUUCGUUUUGGGAACGGUUUUAAGCAUGAGAUCCGUCAAGAGUUUUGAAUCACUGUAAAUUUUGAUUCCUUGCUAAGUUGUCAUUUGAUUAAACCACAGUUACAUCGAUUAACCAAUCCUUAUGGAUUAGUCUGCAUUAACCA